AUGUAUAAUAAAAAAUUAAAGUGGAAAUCUGAUUUCGAAAAAUCUGUUAUUAUUGAGAACUUUUUGAAUAGAGGAUGGAUUAAAUCAUAAGAAAAAGAGGAUGAUUCAACAGAUUGGAAUGUAUAUUGGGCAACUGUAUGGAAUGUAAGAAAUAUUUUUAAUCCAAAAAAUGGAUUUAGAUUAAAUGAUUAAGUAACUACAUCAUAAUUGGUAGUAAAUUAUAAAUCAUUUUCCAAAUCAUUAUGAAUUAACUAGAAAAGAUUAUAUGGUUAAAAAUUUAAAACGAUUUAAAAGAGAAUAAGAUAAAGAAACAUAUGAAUAAUAGGGAUGGAAUUUUGAUUUUUUACCAACUACUUAUAUAUUUCCAGGAGAAUAUUCCCUUUUUGUAGAAGAAUUUCAUAAAUGUCCAAAUUAAACAUGGAUUGUUAAACCUGCAGCACGUAGUUAAGGAUAAGGAAUAUUCUUAUUAAGAAAAAUUCAAUAAUUAAAGAAAAUUUCAGGAACCACUGUUACAAGCAAUAUGACAUAACUUAAUCUUGUAUCUAAAGAAAAUUAUGUUGUUUCUAAAUAUAUUGACAAUCCACUCUUAAUUGGUGGCAAAAAGUUUGAUUUAAGAAUGUAUGUUUUAGUUACAAAUUACAAACCAUUAAAAGUAUGGAUCUAUAAUAAAGGAUUUGGAAGAUUUUGCAAUGAAUAAUAUACUACUGAUGUAGCUGAAAUUGAAAACAUGUUUGUACAUUUGACUAAUGUAGCCAUUUAAUAAUAUAGUGAUAAAUACUCAAAAAAACAUGGUGGUAAAUAUUCUAUUGAUGCACUUAAAUUUUAUGUAGAAUCAGCUUAUGGUACAGAAGCAUUCUAGAAAAUGAUAGAUGAUAUUCAUAAUAUUAUUUUGACAUCCUUAAAAGUACUAUUCAUUUAUAAUUUAAGUCAGUAUAAGCUGUAAUUUAGAAUGAUAAACACUGUUUUGAAAUGUAUGGUUAUGAUAUCUUACUUGAUAAUAAUUUAAAACCUUGGUUAAUUGAAAUUAAUGCCAGUCCCUCUUUGACAACAACCACUCCUGUAGAUAAGAAUUUAAAAUUGAAUUUAAUUAAUGAUGUUUAUAAUAUUGUACUACCAAAUGAUGAUUUUUCAGAUAAUUAAUAGAAAUGUAAAAAAUAUUUAUAUUCAAGAACAAUAAAUUAAUAAAAUAGGUGGUUUUAGUGUUUUAUAUGAUGAAAGUUUAGAUCUGAUGAAUCGUAAAACUCAAAAAAGACAAAGUGUCAAAAUAUGGAAAUGA